AUGCCCGUUCCGCGAAACCGUUCCGGCGGUUUCACGCCGAAAUCCGGCAAUGCCUCCACGCCGUCUCUCUUCAAAUCCUCCUCCGCCUCCUCGGUCCCUUCUCUCUCCGCUCGGCUCUCGUGGAAUGACCUCGCUCCGGCGCUGGCGAUAGCGCUGCUGCUUGUAGCGGGUAUGCUGCUCGCCGUGACGUACAUGCGCGCGUCGUCAAUGCGGUGCAGUGCGAUGCAGCUGGAGCACCACGUGAGAGCGCUCAAGGGAGGGUCGCGAGAGGGGCGGCAGAGUCUGGUGGAUAGGCAGAACGACAUUGGCAAGCGAACAGCUGAAACUCUUAAAGAGGCCAUUCAUUUGGUUCCUGGAUGGCAGGCAACGGCAGCACAGGGGAAGAAGCUGCCUUCUGCCUCCGCCGCUGCAGCUGCUGCGGCUGCCACGAGUGCUGCGGGCGGCUUUGGAGCGUUGAAGCACAUGUUCAAGCAGAUUGUGCUCUCACGCAUUCAACCCGUGAUACUGCGGCAAAAGGAGCACCACCACGUGAAGGGGGUGAUCAAGAGGGCAGCGCAGCGAGCAGGCAAGUGGGCCGCAGCCAUGGGCACCAAGAGCUGCCCUCCCUGCCCUGACUGCUCCCUCCAGCAACAGCAACAGCAGCAGUUGCUGCUGCAGCUGCAGCAGAAGGGUGGGAAAUACACGGAGCAGCAGCAGCGGCAGGAGGAGGAAGGAUUGGCAGAGAUUGACUUGCGGUUUCCUUCAGCCUCUUCCGACUCCUCUGGAUCUGCUCUUCGCGUUGUCGGACCGCUCUGCACCGCAUCGGGUUUCGUCUACUGCGGCUGCCCAUACGGCGAGUCGGGAAGGGUGGAAUUUUCCGGAGGGCUGCCCAGGCAGGAGCAGCAGCAGGGUGAGGGGGAGGAAGGGCAGAAGAAGCCUCUGUGUGUGGACGGCAGCUCUCCGGGAAGAUGGACAGGAUUCGACCAAUGGGAGGCUGACAACUGUCAGUACAGGUUCCAGGCUGCCCUGUAUCCUCACAUCCUCCCCCUCUUCCCCUUCUCUCUUCCCAGGGACAUCCCUCUCCCUUAG